AAAAGUAUUGAUUAUUUCACCAGCAUGAAAACCAAUCGAUAUUUCGCAUAGAGAAUUGCUCAAUAAACACAAUGAAGUCACAGUUUGUCGCAAAUUUUUUCGUGGCUCUAUGCUUUUUCCAAAACACAAAAUUCGCCUCUUCCAUAGACUGCUUUAAGUGUAUCUCAAUCAACAAAAGCUACCAGCCGUGCGAAGAUCCUUUCCACAACAAUUACACAGCAGAUAUUUACGAAUCGCCUUGUAUGGGAGGUCGCAAAGGCCGAGAUGGACUUUUCCCAGCCACUUCCUGCGUCAAAAUUACCGGAGUUUUCGACGACAGUAAAGAAACCGUGACAAUCAGAGGAUGCGCGUUGGACAGUGGAACACUGACCACGGACACCGAAAUCGUGCGCAUGUCUCACUGCGGAGGACUUUAUUAUUCUAACAGGUACGUAAGGGGUUGCGUCCAGAGUUGUAAUGAUGCCGAUGCUUGCAAUUCCUCGAGGAAUAUGCGUGUAAACUACGCAAUAAUCCUAACUAUCUGCUUAACUUGUAUAAAGAUAUUAGAUCUAGAUUUAGCUAUAAGUAUAAAAGCAUUCUUUAAUCGUUAGCGAAAUUUUGUAUAUUAAUUUUUAUUGUUUAAAUAUCGUUAUCAGAAUAAAGUGAAUUUAAGAAUACAAAGGAAA